AGAAGUCAAUUUUGUCUCCAGUACCUCUAAAGUGUAGUGCAAUAAGUAUUACAUAUGCAGUUAUCCACAUAUUUACAAUUAAGUAGUUGUUGUAAUAACACACAAUUUUCAGAGCACCUACCAGAACGCCCAGAUAUUUCCGAUACAAACACUUACACAUUUUUAAAAUUCGACGUCCAGUUUUAUAUACAUAAUUAUUCGCAAUUUUCAAUCAUGGAGCAAGCUCUGUCAAACCAUUUGAUUCUUGAGAAAAUUAUGGAACAAUUCGUACGAAGUGGGAAUACUGGCUUAAAAAAUUUACGCCUCGUCUCACCCGACUGGAAUGAUGCAGUCGUCUCCCUCCGCGAUGAAAACUUGGUGCUAAAUGUCAAUCCCGACAUCAAACCGUGUGGCGCAGGGCCCUUCAUCGAUCCCUCGUUAUAUCUCAAAAUGCACCCCAAGUUGAUAAGGUCGAUUCACUACAACCUCCAUUCAUGCCUUUAUCCCGGAAAUCUCGAAGUUUUUGGACGUUUUGUGUCCCAACUUGGCGACAGAAUUGAGCACCUUUCCCUCCUCAUUUCGACCGACCUGGGUCAUAUUUUGCACACUUUUUUCCUUACGGGUAACCUGCCGAACUUGAAAGAAUUGGUGGUCACGAUUGACGACAAGAAGACGCAUUGGAACAACUGGAAGGCGAUGGAACAACUUGGUGUUUCUUCUCCAAUUGUAACAGCUAUCGUUCCAGCAAAAAGAAGGCUGACCAAGAUCGUGUACAAUGUCCAAUUCAAAUCGGCCCAUACAACCACCUCGACCCCGGAACAACACAUAUUUCUGCAGCAGAUGCUAAACGCAGCGCCCAAUUUGGAACAAUUAGAAAUCAGGGACGAUUAUUUCUCCGCUCCUUUGCGGCGUUUUGAUUACCUGAAACGUUUCAAGUUUGUUUUGACAUAUAGUACAAAAGGAGACAUAGAUGUGACCUGUUUCCAGAAUUUAACCCAGUUUCUGGAAAAAGUGAAAGUUUCCUUGGAACAGUUAGAGCUGAACACGAGCAUCACCGGUGUAUUUUAACUAUGACCUAUUUAUGGAUAUGUUUCACCUCCCGAGAGGCGGGCUGCCAAAGUUGACAAGUUUCGUGAACGGUGCAAUGAGAAUUUUCAAAAUUACGUUCGCAGAAGUGGAAAGGAUGAAAAAAUUGAAAAAGCUGGAUUUAUGCGAAAUUCCUGGCGUCCCUCUUCCGCGAGUUAGUCUCGUCACUGGGGCCAUCGUGACACGUGGGAAUUAUUGCUGGAGGGAUGUAACCGAUUUGAGACUGUGUGGGCUAGAAUGCCCGAAUUUGUUGGUUAUACUAGCGUCCAGGUUUCCAUCCUUGAAAAAACUUAGCGUGACGGUGUGCGAUUAUUUGGCACCAGGAAAGACAAGUUUUCUGCAAAUGGUUUUCCACAAGUUGGCGACCCUUCCGGGUCUGACGCACCUUGAAGUCGUGGCCCGAUUUCCGACCCGUUUCCCGAAAUUUUUAGACUUUCUUGACUAUCUGGCAGAAUUUUGGACAGACACCACACAAGAAAUACGAGUCUCGGGCAGCGCAUGGAACGAAGAGCGGAAAGCAUGCGAAGAAAAUCGGUUUUACAGCAUAAUCAGUGAAAGCAAUGUGGACCGAUUUCUCAGCCUCGUUCCUUCCCUGAGGAGACGGAAAUUGACCCAAUUUCCCGGACUGUUCAUCGGUGGUCAGGAAAUUCUAGAGUUUCGCAAGGAUAUUGAAUUUAAUUGGAGAGGGAACGCCCAUAAAUAAUUACGUAACGUGGAAGAGACAGCGUGGAUGUAAGGCUCCAAGGAUAUUGUGCCUAUGUUAAAUGAAAAAGGUUCCAUUGUUAGUUGAAUUUGUAAGCGAGAAAUAGUUUUCAAAAUUUGAAUCAAUUUGUAAUUUUGAAGAAUAAGAUCGAGAAAUGUAUUUUUUAAUUAAUUAAUUGGCAUCAGUACUAAAAUCCAGAGUUUUCUGAGAGGGUUCCAUCGCGUACACAAAUUUUGCCUAA